UAUCUAAAGAUUUGAAUGAAUUUAUUACAUCAUCUGAUAAUUUUUAGUAUUUCAUUAAUAGUUUUUUUUAGUUUAGUUAUCUUUUCUUUCUUUCUAGCACCAUCAAAUUCAGAUGAAGUUGGGCUUACACCUGAUUCGUCUCCUGAAUUAGCAAAGAGGUCCUGGUUCGGAAGCCUUAUGACUAGUGAGAGAGACGAAAACCAUGUAAUUUUAUUAAAAGACAGGCCGUUGAGUUCGGUGAAAGCUGAUCUGAUCCAUGCCUUUCUCUCGAUUGCAGAUCUGAGUCACAGUGUGGUUUCGCCAAUGUCCUUCCGGGUAGAAUACAAAAGGCCUGGUAGCUCAACUAUGUUUCAGAGAAACGUCCGGUUUCACGUUAACAUAACCUUAGUUAGUGGAGGAGGAAAUGACGAAAGGAAUGGAGACAGACCGUCACUUUAUUGUGUUAGUUUUACUCUGAUAUCAGGUCCAAUUAGACGGUUCAAAAGGUUAUGCGAACACAUCCAAGCCCAAGUAUUAGGUAGACGACCCAACCAGUCUCCGAGAAUCAGUCGAAGACCGACGGCAGAACUGAGUGACAGUUCUUCGUGUGGUUCUGAAUCUCUGAGUCCUACGCCGACCCGUGUCCAAGUUGUAGAUGAUCUGGCACUAACAGCAGCCACAGUCACAGCCAUGGCCGCCAUGUCGCGUUGCAAAUCGGAUCAGGAUGCGACGGCAGACAUAUUUGAACGUGAAGCAAAGAUAUCCAACCAGAGGAGAGAAUCUAACGAUCUUUAGGAGCCUCGCGAUUGGUUGGCGAUGAAGCGGCCGCGAGGUCGACCGCAGGGUCGACACGUCUCCUAGAUGCUUAACCUUGAUUUCAAAUCUCCCUUAUACUUUCCUGAAAAUUGAACCUUCGUCCUUAGGUUUGCCGUCCGAAGAAGUUUGUUUAGAGAAUAGUUGAAUUUUGUUUUUCUCCAAUGAGUUAGCGACUUAAUAUCCAAUGGGACUUUAUGUCGUGUGUAGACAGAACACGAAGCUCUGUCUUGAUGUAUAGAACAUGUAUUGUAAUGUGAUGGAAUAAACAUCCUGUUUUCUUACCAUCUCUAUGCUAUAAUGGCAGUGGCCGUGAGAAAAAAAAGUCUAUCAAAACGGUAUGGGACAUAUUGUGCGAAAGAUCCUUUAAUAUCUUGUACAAUCAUAUUAGCAUAGAAUUAGUGAACUUAUUAAAUAUUUAAAAACCCCAUCAACCCUAAAGCCGGAUCAUGUACGAUAUCCCAUUAGGCUUUAGGUGCCAGAAGUACCAUAGAUCUGGCGUUAAUUAACAAUUCCUACUACGGCCCGAGCCGAGAAUUUACAUAUUCCUAAGCAUCACAGUAUGUCCCAUACUAAAAUCAUAAUUACAUUCAAUAUCAUUUUAUGCAACAUACUGGGAAUUUUGCAUGUGGAGAUUUUUUGCUCUCUAUAUUAAUCUUCCAAGAAACAUUAAACUCAGGACAUCAUUCUACAAAUCAUCAAGUAUUAAAACAAACGAUUUAAAAAGAAAUUACUAACAGAUGGAAAGAGAGGUGCUCACGACUCUACUAAAAAAAAAAGACAAACAAACUUUUUAUAUCUAUAAUUUUCUCCUCUAGGAAAAAUAUAUUGUAUACAUUUUAUUUAUUUUGCAUUUUAUUAUGGUG